ACGAAAGUUAGGCAGCACUGCAUAUAAGUAUUCAGCCUCUUGCUGAAAAACACUAUAACCUGUGUUAUAGAUGAGGAAGUUUAGCAACAGAUGAGGAAGAGCUUGGAUAGAUCCUGCAAACAGAGCUUGGAUAGAUCCUGCAAUAAAUCGGAAUCCGAUCUACCUCUUCCAAGAUACCAAGCCUAAAUCCCGACCAUGCUGGAUCUAUACACAGCUGUCCUUGGGCUUUUGAUUCUUCUGCCCUUGGUGGGAAAAUUUUUCUUCCCUUAUUUUUGGUUGGAUCUGAAAAACCUGAUUCGGUACAUAUUAAUGGGAUAUCGAUGCUACACAUACAUGAACCAUGUUCCCCCGAUCACUUUCUUAGAAAUCUUUUUGGCCAGAGUGAAGAAAUAUUCAGAUAAACCCUUGAUUCUCUUUGAAGAUGAAGUUUAUUCCUACCGAGACAUUGAUAGACACAGCAAUCAGAUAGCCAGAGUAAUGAAGGACUAUGUGGGGCUGAAAGAAGAGGAUACCAUGGCUGUUUUCUUCAAGAACAUCCCUGCCUAUAUCUCAGUUUGGAUCGGAUUAUCAAAGAUUGGCUGUACCAUGGCGUGUGUCAACUAUAACAUCCGACUCAAAUCUCUGAUACAUGUGCUGAAAUCUUGCAAGGCUAAAGUUCUUCUAUCAACUCCAGAUUUAAAAGAAGCCAUUGAAGAUGUCCUGCCUACUUUAAAUGAUGAAGGGAUACGUGUUUUCUAUCUGAGUGAGGAUUCCCCAACUGAAGGUGUAGAGCCACUGCUCAAACGGAUCAAAUUAAGUUCUGCUGAAUCAGUGCCCUUUUCCUUCAGAGCCAAAGUAACACCUAAAUCUAUAUGUUUCUAUAUCUUCACCUCUGGGACCACAGGACUCCCCAAAGCUGCUAUCAUUUCCCAGAAGAAAGCAAUCACGGCUGCCCAUCUGUUUCGCCUGUCCAGCGUCCAUAACAAGGAUGUUGUUUAUUCUCCACUCCCUCUGUACCACUCAGCUGGAUUCCUUGGGUUAAUGGGGACCAUAGACUUGGGAGCUACACAUGUUCUGAGGUCUAAAUUCUCUGUUUCUCAUUACUGGGAUGACUGCAGACGUUAUCAUGUCACUGUGAUCCAGUAUGUGGGAGAAAUGAUGCGCUACUUGUGUAAUGCACCAAAGAGGGACAAUGACCGUGACCAUAGGGUGAGAAUGGCCAUUGGCAAUGGGAUGCGACUUGAGGUUUGGAAGGAGUUCCUGAAUAGGUUUGGACCCAUCAAAAUCGUUGAAAUUUAUGGAGCUACAGAAGGAAGUGGUGGAUUCAUUAAUUAUGCAGGAAAAGUUGGAGCAGUGGGAAGGACCAAUUUCUAUAUUAAGAAAUUACUUAACUAUGAAUUUCUGCAAUAUGAUGUGGAUGCAGAUCAGCCUGUGAGAGAUGAGAAGGGGCUCUGUAUCCGAGUGCCUACAGGACAGGCAGGUUUGAUGGUGGUGAAGAUAAGUAAGGUAGUCCCAUUUGACGGCUAUGCAGGAGAUCAUGGAAACACAGAGAAGAAAAUUCUGCGUAAUGUCCUGAAGAAAGGAGACAGUUAUUUUAAUACCGGAGAUCUUUUGAGGGAAGACCAGGAAGGUUUUAUCUAUUUCCAUGAUCGGAUGGGAGAUACUUUCCGUUGGAAAGGUGAGAACGUGGCUACCACUGAGGUUGAGAUGACAUUGGCAGUUUUGGAUAUCAUUGAGGAAGUCAAUGUAUAUGGAGUACCAGUGCCAGGGCAUGAAGGAAAGAUUGGGAUGGCAGCCAUACGGCUGAAGGAUGGGUGCCCCUUUGAUGGAAAGAAACUGUUCAUGCAUACCAAGGAUUAUCUCCCUAGCUAUGCCAUACCCCACUUCAUUCGUAUCCAGGAAAAGCUGGCGAUUACAGGAACUUUCAAGCAGUUGAAAGCUCAGCUGGUGAGAGAUGGAUUCAAUCCUGCCACGAUCAGUGAUCCCCUCUUCUUCCUGGAUCACUUGGAGAAGAACUACACACCCAUGACGGAGGAGAUCUACGGCUCCAUUUUAGAAAAGAAAAGAAAACUCUGAAAGAAGGUUCAAAGAGGAGCAUAGCAGUGUUACCUGAACAGCUUGAGAAGUGGCAAGACAUCUGAUGGCAGCCACUCAUGUUUUGAUUUUGCUCAAGAAGGAAAGAUCUAUGGCCAGAAUAUUAAUUCUUCUUAAUGUAUUUGUACAGCAGUGGCCAAAAUUGUGGAAACUUUUUGGGAAAAGUGUAUACACCACUUUUUUGGGGAGGAGUAGUACCAUAAAAUAAUAUAUCAAUGGAAAGAUCAUUUAAUCAAGAAUGGUAAAAUCUAAAAAUUUUUACUACCAGUUCUGUGGGUGUGGCUUGGUGGUGGGGGGUAAUGUGACUGGAUGGCUUGGUCAAUUUUUUUUUUUUUACUUUUAAAACCAUUUUUUCUACAACCUCUUUGGUGAAGAGGUUGUAAAAAAAUGCUUUCAAAAUCCCAGCUGAGUUGCCUGAUUUCCAGAAACUUUUUUUCUUUUAAAUGCCUCUGACGA